AUGGUUUUGCCAGAAAGCUUUCCUUCUUGCGAAAAUUCUGUGAAAUCAGGAAUGAUUGGUAUAGUUCCUGAAAGUGAUUCAGUUUGUGAAAAUGUUAUUUCUGCCAAAAGUGAGUCUAUAAGUGAAAAUAGGUCUGAAAAUGAAAGCAGAUCCGAAAAUGAUAAUAGGUCAAUUGCUGAAAAUGAUAAUAAAGAAGAUAAUCUCAGAGUAGAAAAUUGGUCAGUUGGAGAAAAAAGGUCCGCUGUAGAAAAUGGCUCCGUUGUUGAAAUUAAAUCUGUUGCUGAAAAUAUACCUGUGGAUAUAAAAUCUUCUGUUUCAAAUGGAGCUACUGGUGUGUCUUCAGAUAAACAAAAGGUUAUUGAAUUUGUUGUGGCCCCAGAGGAUGAAUGUGAUGCCAGAGAUGGUGAUAAAUCGGAUGAAAUCAUUUCUUUGGAUGAAGAAUCGGAUAAUAUUAUGGAAUGUGAUGAUUUUUCUCAGGUUUCCCGUAGCAGUAGCAACUCUGGGAUAAAUCCUAGGCGUCAUAAAUUAGUAACAGCUCCUAAUAAGGAAACUGUAUUGAAAUGUGUGCGUGAUCGUGCGACUGUUUUAUCUAAAAAGAAAAAGAAAGAGUCAAAACGCAAGAGCAGUUUUAAACAUGUUGUUGAAUCUGAGUUGCCUAAAUAA